CCAACCAAGUCAAACCUUCUAUUCCUCCUCCUCGCCAAGCCAGCGGAAUUUUCCCCCAAAUCCACCGCGUCGCCAUGGCCGCCGCCGCCGCCCGCCUCCUCCUCCUCGCCGUCGUCGCCGCGGUGUUCCUCCUCUCCCCCGCGGCAGCCGGGCGCCCCUGCGGCCACGCCCAGACGCUCCUCAUCUCCUUCUCCUCCGUCUCCAGGCCCAACCCCGACCCCAACAACCCCACUCCCCUCACCACCACCGUCGUCACCGUCCUCCGCGUCCGCCGCCUCGGCCCCCACCACCCCCUCCAGAUCCCCCGCCCCGAUCCCCUCCCCGCCGCCUCCGACGCCGCCUCGUCCGUCCAGGAGCGCGCCAAGGACAUCCUCGUCGUCGUCUCCGGCCUCCUCUUCGGCUUCGGCUGCGGCGCCCUCACCGCCGCGACCAUGUACCUCGUCUGGUCCCUCCUCGCCUCCACCUGCGCUCCUUCCUACGACGAGGUCUACGGCGAAGACGACGACGACGAGCUGUCCGACUCCGAGAGCCCCAAGAAGGCCGGAUACGUCAUCAUCCACGACGCCGAACAGUACGUCGGCGGUAAGAACUAGGGGUGGGGAAUUGGGCUAUCUCGCCGAUGGCCAAUUUAAGAAUUUGUGAUAAAUGAUCGCGUGGAUUUGCGGGGUAUAUAUACUACUAUUAGCACCUAUAUAUGUGUUGCGUCUGUCUGACUCAGUAUGUGUGUGUGAUUUCGAAAAGAAACAAAUUAUGAAUACGGUCUUGAUGUUUUCUUACAUAAUUUAAAGUGAAACUGAAGUGUCCUUAUUUAUUGAUCAUGAAACAUGGAACAUAUUUGGUUCUUCUGCUCAGCAAAAUUGCAAUAUGUUGUGUACAACUUCUGGUAAA